UUAAAAACACAGGUAACAGAUUUCUUUUUACAGGAGUUGGCCCAUGGGUUAAGUGAACUCCUAUCCUAUGAAGGCAAUGUUGAAGAAGAUUUCUAUUCGACAUUCCAGGUUUUUCAAGAAGAAUUUGGAAUAAUUAAAUCCUACAAUUUAAAGCCAGGUGGUGAUAAAAUUCCAGUUACCAAUCAAAAUAGGAAAGAAUAUGUGCAGCUUUAUAUUGACUUUCUUCUCAACAAAUCCAUCUAUAAGCAAUUUGCUGCAUUUUAUUACGGAUUUCAUAGUGUGUGUGCUUCAAAUGCCCUGAUGCUGCUUCGUCCAGAAGAGGUUGAAAUUCUGGUCUGUGGAAGUCCCGAACUGGACAUGCAUGCUCUGCAGAGAAGUACUCAGUAUGAUGGCUACGCAAAAACAGACUUAACUAUAAGAUAUUUUUGGGAUGUUGUGCUUGGAUUUCCUCUUGAUCUUCAAAAGAAGUUGCUACAUUUUACUACAGGAAGUGACAGAGUACCUGUAGGAGGAAUGGCUGACUUGAACUUUAAAAUCUCAAAGAAUGAAACUUCUACUAACUGGUUGCCUGUGGCCCACACCUGCUUCAAUCAACUUUGCCUUCCCCCCUACAAGAGCAAAAAGGACCUAAAACAGAAAUUGAUCAUUGGAAUUUCAAAUUCAGAAGGUUUUGGACUUGAGUGACCUAGAAGACUUGAAAUACAUUUUAUAUGUAGCAUUCACUUCCCUCUUAUUGUGCCUUUAACCUUUUCAUGUCUCUGUCUCACAGCACCUUGACAAAGCUCACCAACUUUAAAAUACUGAUUUUUUUUUAAAUCAAAUAUGAAGUAUGUUCAGUGGGGGAGGCAUGAUUUUCUAAAAACACAGAAAUUGCUUGAGGAGAAGCCCAGAUGGCAGAGACAGGUGUGGGUCCGGCCCUUCCUUUUUAUAGCACUUUAUGAGUCUCCAUAGGUCGUUUCUCACAGGUGCUCCACUGGGAAAGCAAAGCGCAGUGAAGAACGCGCUGACCGCAGAGUGGAGCCCGGUGGGGCCCGGUGGCACACACAGCUCCGUUCUCGUUCGUGCAAGGCAUGUAGCCAUAUUUUCAUAUAGAGGUAAACAACAACAGCAUAAAUGCUGUUCACAGGGUUGGUUUCUUUUUGAUAUACUGGCUUUGGUCCUAUAAGAUCCUUUUCGACUGUUGCUGAAAAGCAUGUAAAUAACUACAUAUUAGCCUGAGAAUAAUGGGAUUUUGAUAGUGCCAUUUAUUGCUAAAAGAUUUAUUUUUACAAAGUAAAUUCAGGGUUUUAGAUGUGUAUACAGCUUUUACAAAUCAAUAAAGAUGAUUGUACAAGAGUGUUAACUAUUUUCAGACUAAUUGGAUUCGAGGUUCUGUUCUUUUAAGUAAUGUUAGUCUGCAUGCACAUUGGCAGUAAGCUAGUUACUUUGAGUAUUCUGUAAUAUUUGUAUAAUGAUCAUUUCUUCUUAAGGGUCAGAACAUUAGAGGGGAUAUCAGAUCUAACUGUUGAUAAAUUAAGUCAAUUACAAGCACAAAAGAACUGUUUUUAUAUAUAAUUUGAUUGAUGUACAAGGCUUAUUUCUAAUAUUUUUUGAUUACCAGUUGUACUGAAGCACUAAUUUUGGGGAAAGGCUAGGGUAAGAUAUUUGACAAAAGUGAAUACAAUAAUAACAUCUGUGUCAAAAUGAUAUAGCUUGGUGUAAAAAUAAAGUUCAACGUUUUGGCCAAAAUGUUUGUAUUUCACUGGAUUCUGAAUGUAGUAAAUUCAAAAGUACCCUUUUUGGAGUUUCUCAAUAAGUAGCAUGUAAAAAGAAACUACAUUUUAAGUCAGACUGUAAAUGGUUUUCUUUUUAUUUACAGCAAAUGAAGCAGUUUUAUUGGCAUGUUACAAAUAUUUCGGAAUCAAGACUUCUUUAUUAUACUUUGAUAACUUUCCUUCAGGAAACUCUGAAGAUACAUUUGCAAUAAUAAUGAAGCCAGCAUUUAGUACCAGCAUAUGGUUCACAGGCAAAUAAUACUGUCCCCCGGUUUUUUCCUAGUUACACUGUUUUCUUAUUGCUAUGCUUCCUACACUCAACCAGCAGAAUUCUUUUCGGGUGGAGGAACGAAUCAACUCGUUCUCCUGUAGGGCUGGGGCCAAUUCGCGAAUCUUUGAGGAAUAGGAAUUCCUUCGUUUACUGUUCCCCUUGCAAAGGAAGUGACUCUGCUUUUCCACUGGGUGUACUAUGUAAAGGAUUUUUCUUCUUAAAAAUCUUGGAAAAGCCUAAGAGAGUUAAAGGCAUGUUGGUUUUGUUUUGUUUGCUCUGUUUCUUAUCCAUCUGCGAAUAAAACUGCUUCUCUGUUAGACUGCUUGGACUAGAACGUAGGUUACUACUUACUAAUAAGCACAAAAGAAUCACGUAUAAGAAAUCAGAUUUAAGUGUUUUAAAUAAAACAGAGUUUUUAUUUGGUAGAGACGGAAAAAUUGUGUUGGCUUGGUCUGCAUGUUUAAUGAUGUGCUUGUUUAUCGAUAGCUCUGUCACUUUUAAAUAAGUACACAAGCAAGCCAAAUUUUUACAUGACAAAGUCCAUAAGGAACUAGAAAAUUAUUGUUGUCUGUUGUUAUUAAGUUGAAAUUUGUAACCAUUUGUCACUUAAUUACACAUUGCCUUUAUUUAUUUAUGUUGGUUUUGGUUUACAGUGUAAUAAUACCUCAUUUUCUAAAAAAAAAAACAAAACCACUACUGUCCUAUUUCAUUAAUUUAAAUAGCUAGAAAAUUCAUGUAGUUGCUUUUUUUAAUAUAAUCUGUUAAGGAAGUCUUGAUUUUUAUAUCUGCCACAGUAAAUUAAAGCAUUGUGCAGUAUUUAUCAGUAUUUACAAAAUGUCCUGUCCUUUUUAAAUCUUUGCUUAAUCAUAUUUUUGUCUGUAUGAUCAAAAGUUUUUAACAGUCUGUCUUUUUUGUACAAAUCUGUAUUGUAUUAAGUUCAUUUCUGGAUAAAAUUUUUCAAAUAUUAAAGUUAUACAAUCA